AGUGAAGAGAUGAUUAGGAAAGUCUAUAAAUAAUUUAAACUAUGUCAGUUGAGAAUUGUUGCAUGUGUGAGGCAACAUAGUUUUGGCUAUUGGAAUAUGAGGGUGCACUUGACUGAGAGAGAAAGGCAGAAACUGCAGGUGUGGUCUCGAAUUAUGCCUUACAGAGAGUCCUUCGCCUGGGCUAUUGUUCCUUUAUUUGAUAAUAGCAUUGGUGGAGCUUCUGGUGGAUCUGCUUCUCCCAGUAGGCGUCUUGCUCCCAGCAUGUCUUGGUCUAGUUCCCAUGAAGGUGUCCUUGAGUCUGUUGCAAAGAUUACAGUGAAAGAAAGGUAUACUGAGGAGUCACUUCAGGUAUGUUCAUGCAGUCAUCCUGUGCCAAUGCCAAUAGGAGAAGAUGAGGACGAGGAUCCUAAACACAAGGUCCAUAAACCUGUGAAAGGUGUUUUAAGACUGGAAAUUGAGAAGCACCAGACAUCUAAUGCAGAGCUGGAAAAUAUUUCAGAAAGUGCCAGCGUGACCAAUGAAUCUAUGUACCUAGGGAAUCAAGUUACUGAUGCAAUGUUCAUUAAGAGCCCCAACAAUGGUUCUGAUGGGCCUUAGAGUAGCAAUUCCAAGUGGAUUCCUAAUGAUGAGAAAAAUGCAUCUGGAAAUGGAAACACUCAUGGAAAUCUGGAUCUCAAUGUUGGUGAUGUAAGCAGAAUGCCUUUCUUGCGUUUGUAUUUUCAUUUU